UUGAUGAAAGAAGUUAUUUUUGCAGCUGCUCAAAGUAACCGUGCAGAUAAAUGUCCGGAGUUCGGGCUUGGAUGGAUAAAGUAGUGUUGUUGUACAGCUUGACUGUGUCACGGAGAAACUGCUCACGCUUGCUGGAUCCGCGGGUUGUUUCAACCACGUGGGUUUCCUAGCUGCCUCGUCGCGCUGUACUUUUGUUUAAAAUAAUCACUCCCUUUGAUCGUCGUGCUGUCUCUGCGCUCUGAAUCAAGCGCUAACAUCACGAGGUCUGAAGUGUGCGUCACGUGAACAAGGUAACUCUGCGGGCUCCAGCUAUUGGCUGAAAGGAGCAAGACGGCUUCCCCAUUGGGCAGUUUCUACUACGUCAUCUUCGCCGGUCUUGUUUACAUCUGAUUGUGUUUUGUGUGCAGGUUUGUAGCCGGUUAGCUGAAGGUAAGCGGAGGAGCUGCGCUUCUGUAUUUACCGGUUACAUGUUCAGUCAACGGUCUUUUCUUCAUCUUUGUACCGUAACAUGUCCCGGGGUGACUUUUCAUUCGCUGCCUGUUGUGUUGUGAUGUAAGUGGAGCUGUGCGGCGGUGAAAUUCCCCUUCGCCCACUGAUGCGCUUCUGUUUCGGUUUUCCUUCCUCUCAGACGCUCCUCCCGGCUUGGCCACAUCGCUGCAUGUCACCUGAUUUCAAGAGGAAACUGGCACCUGAAUUAAAGGGACUGACUAGCUGGUUAAGUUGCGACACAUGCUCUUACUAAACCGGAUGGUAAAACCGUAUAAAGGAGAUCAGUCGUAAAAAGGGGAACCGAAACGGGGCUGUCGACAUUCAGCCUCCUUCCCCCAGACGUGGAAAAAGCUAGCCGAAGCUCCUCUCGUGUAAGCUGGGCUCUGGUCUUCCUCCAGCCGGGAUGUCGGACACGGACGGUUCUCUCCCUCUGCUGAAGAGGCUCAGCUACGCGGUGGGGCACUUUCUCAACGACCUGUGUGCCUCCAUGUGGUUCACAUAUCUGCUGGUUUUCUACCACUCGGUGCUGGGAUUCCAAAACACGAGUGCAGGUGUGCUUUUGCUGGUCGGGCAGGUAGCCGAUGGUAUCUGUACGCCUCUUAUUGGCUACGAGUCCGACCGAAGCCCCGGCUUUAGAAACUACGGCAAGAGGAAGACGUGGCAUUUAGUUGGUACACUGAGCGUAGUGCUCUCCUUUGCCUUCAUCUUUAACCAGUGUGUGGGCUGCAGCUUCCUCACCCCUCAGUGGGCCAGUCUAAUCUACUUCGUCCCAUUCAUCAUCAUCUUUCAGUUCGGCUGGGCCGCCACGCAGAUCUCUCACCUGUCCCUCAUCCCAGAGCUGGUCACUUGUGAGCAUGCUAAAGUAGAGCUCACCGCAUACAGGUACGCGUUCACAGUGAUAGCCAACAUCACCGUGUAUGGAGUGGCUUACCUGCUGUUUCACGUCCAGGCUGGAGAGGAUGAAGACCCUGAUUCACUGGGACCAGCAGAUAUCAUCAUCUUCAGGAAUCUGUCACUAAUUGUUUUGGGGAUCGGUGUCGUCUUCUCCGUCGUUUUCCACGUGGGAACAAAAGAGAGCAAUGGAGCAAGCGAGGAGUCGGAGGAGGCCGAGGGGGAGCGGAGGCCACUGCUGCCGCGCUCCAACACCUUCUCGUCUCUCCUGCAGUGGAAAUGCUGGCUGCGACAGCCUUCUUUCUACCAGGUGGCCGUGCUCUACAUGUCCACCAGGCUGAUCGUCAACCUGUCUCAGACGUACAUCUCCAUGUAUCUCAUCAACACUCUGGGGCUGCCAAAGAAGUUCAUAGCUACCAUCCCAUUGGUGAUGUACGUGAGCGGCUUCCUGUCCUCCUUUAUCAUGAAGCCUGUCAGCAAACUCAUUGGGAAAUGUCUUACUUACUUCGUGGGCCUGCUGCUGAUCAUGGCGUUCUCGUAUUGGGUGCUGCUGGACGUCACCAUGGGUCAGCAGGUAUACGGGGCGGCCGUGCUGCUGGGGGCCGGGUCCGCCACCAUCCUGGUCAUAUCGCUCGCCAUGACUGCGGAGCUCAUUGCAGAUCAGACGCAAAGCGCAGCGUUCGUGUACGGAGCCAUGAGUUUCACUGACAAGCUGGCCAAUGGACUGGCAGUGAUGAUCAUUCAGGCCCUGCAUCCCUGCCACACUGUGGUGUGCUGUCCUGCCUGUGUGUGGUUCUACCAUUACAUCAUGGUCAUCGUAACGGGAGGCGUUUCCAUCGUCGCAGCUUUGGCCCUUUGCUCCAUCCUCAUCUGGCCAAUCAAGAUCAGAGGGCGUGCUCUGCCAAUCAUCUCCAGUGAAGCAAAUGGAAUCAACUGACAGGGCUCCUCCCACAUCAUCUCACCACGGGGAACUUUUUCAGGGAACGGCAGGAAUCCUGUGGGACUUCCUGACCCGCUGCUGAAACCAAGAAGCUUUCUGUUUUUAAACUGAGAUCUGCAUCCUUUCAUAACCUUGUUUUGUCUUCAUUUUCUGGCGUCGGACUACAGGCCAGCAAACACGUGCACAGCUGCACCUGCACUGCUUUAAAGAAUUGAGUCGCACAAUAAGCUAGUUUGUAAUGAUUUUUGAGUACAGUGGCUGCAGCUGAUUUCCUCUCACCUCUGACCCCCAUGAUUUUCACUGUGCACAUGACAGGCCCGGCUCUGCUGCACUUAUUUCCUUUUACUACACGGGGUCAGCCUGAAAUUCCCUAAAUGUGAAUGGAGCCACUACACGGAGUUUGGAAAAUGAUGAGCAAACAGUUGUGCUCCUUAAACAGACAUCAAACAUGUUUCACACGUGCACUGUGCAGGAGAGCAGGGCUGGCUGCAUGUCGCAUUAAAAUGUCCUGGAUGACAAAGGGAACCGAGCCCCUGCUCGGAGGAGGACGUGAACGCCGUUCGGUGUCCUCAGCAGUAAAAUCUUCCCCAGGUUUCACUAAAAGAGUCAUUCCACUACCCCCCGCUACCAUUGGACACACAAGGCCGUCUGUACAGCGUGCAGGCUGACGGCGAGGAGGAGGAUGCACAGACGACACUAAUACAAGCGUUUACCUCGAAGACGUUUGACUGGACUCGCUCAGUGACGCAGGUCAGAGGACGUCCCUGCUGAGCUUCACCGGCUUGUUUCCAGUUGUGCUGUCCUGGAAUUUGUCCCUCAAAUGUUAUGUAAACUGGAAUCAAAUGGAAGAUGAAUCACGUUUGUAAUUAAGUGAGUUGAUGAGCAGAGCUGUGUCUGACAUUUAAACGCUUCAAAGGGAUCAAAUGUAUUUGAUGUGUGCAUAGGAGGGAAGGUGGUGUUGGACCAGAGCUUUGUAAUGAUCAGCAGGACCUUUUUACUUUGUCUUCUACCUGUGUGAUAAAUCCUUUAUUAAACAGGA